AUGUUAGCAUUUCUGACCCGGAUGCUCUUGAAGUAUAUUGUUUAUGGACAUGGACUCCUGAAAUCUGAAUUUUAUCAUGCGUUCAAACACGGCCCCAGUAAUGACAUCUUUAAUACACCCGACAAGGUCGAACAUUCAAAAAAGCGUAAGCGCCUUGCGAAUAUCUUUAGCGCACAGAGCGUGUUUGCCUUUGAACCUCGGGUGCGCGAACACAUUCGACAACUAUGUGCGCAGUGGGACUUGAGAUGCAGGGAAUCAGCUUGCGGCGUCUCUGGUGACAAUUGGUCCGCGAACGACGGAAAGGCAGUAAUCGACCUCUGUGCCCAAAUAUCAUACCUCGCAUUUGAUAUAAUCGGUGAUCUUGCUUUGGGGUCUUCCUUUGGGCUUAUUCAAGCUCAGAAGGAUUCGUCUCUGUCCAUUGAGUCGGUGAACGCAUUCGGAGAUCCGCAGAGGGGAACAAUCGAGAUACCAGUGGUCAAAACUAUAGUGAGAGGUGGUGUUUCGAUGAUGGGAAUUGGCGUGUUUCCUGCGUGGACACAUCGAUUCCUCCAGUGCCUUCCUUGGAACCUCGUAGGACUCUUUGACAGUUUAAAUUUUUUUAAAUUGGCCACAACCUCAGUGCAUGGAAGAAUCAAACGAGGGCCGAAGGAGGUCAUUCAGGACGGAAAGAGAAGCAUUGACAUCAUGGAAAAGCUCCUUGAAGUCGAGGAGGACGGGAGGCCCUUGCCGACACAUGAGUUAACGGCAGAAGCUAUAGUCCUGCUAAUCGCCGGAAGUGAUACCAUAAGCAGAGAACUGCAAAUUGAACUGGACCAGCAUAUUCCUUUCCAAACAUCAAGCGAGCCUCAAGGCAAGGAGGGGCUUGACAUUCGGCUACACGACAUAGUUGUGCGUUACGACGACGUCAAGGCGUUACCUUACCUGGAAGCUUGCAUUAAAGAAGCAUUACGCCUUCAAUCUCCGACUGCCACAGGUUUACCUCGAGUAGUACCACCCGGAAAUGGGGUUAUAGUUUCGGGUGAACCAUUCAAACCAGGAAAGGUCCGAGUUAUCGAGGCCCCAAGGUCAUUCACAAUCAUGGAUACCGAGCGAAUUCAACUUGGUCAAUACUUCCUUGCUCUAGCAGCACUAGUGCUUGCUUAUUAUGGACUUCCUUACCUGCUCGACCCCUAUGACUACCGUCGUCGGUUUCCGGGACCACCUCUGGCAGGAUUUACCAAUUGGUGGAUGUCCAUGAUUAUACAUACAGGUCGCCACAGCGAAAUAGUACAGCGUUUACAUGAGAAAUACGGUACAUUUGUACGACUGGGACCAAAUCAUAUCAGCGUUGCUGACCCGGAUUCUCUCGAGAUUGUUUAUGGACACGCACUUUUGAAAUCCGAGUUUUACAACACAUUUAAACUGGGCCCCAAGUGUGAUAUCUUCAAUACACGCGACAAGGCCGAGCAUUUGAUAAAGCGCAAACGCGUGGCCAACAUCUUUAGUGCCCAGAAUUCCCUCGCUUUCGAGCCUCGCAUUCGCAGUCACAUUCGUCAGCUGUGUGCGCAGUGGGACUUGCGAUGCAAGCAGGCCGUCCGUGAAGUUUCGAGCACCAAUCGAGCCGUAAACAAUGGGCGGGCUGUCAUCGAUGUUUGUGCUCAGGUUUCCUACUUGGCUUUUGAUAUUAUUGGUGACCUUGCUCUGGGGUCUCCGUUUGGGCUCGUCAAGGCUCAAAAGGACUCCACGUUGUCGAUCGAAUCUGUUGAUGAAUCAGGAGAGACGACGCGAGGAACACUCGAGAUACCUGUAAUCGAGAUCAUAGCAAGAGCAGGCGUCUCAAUCGUGUCAAUUGGCGUAUUCCCUUCGUGGGUGCACAAACUUUUCUUGUUCUUGCCAUGGAAUCUCGUCGGGCUUUUCGACAGGAUUAAUUUUUUCAGACUUGUCAAAACCUCACUAGAAGCUAGGAUCAAGCGAGGACCAAAAGAGAUUAUAGAGGACGGAAAGCGAAGCAUUGAUAUAAUCGACAAAUUUCUCGAAGUUCAAGAUGAUGAUGGUACCCCCUUGUCUAAGGAAGAAUUGAUGGCAGAGGCGUCGGUUUUGCUGAUUGCGGGCAGUGAUACUACAAGCAAUACGCUCGGCUGUUUAUUCUACUACUUGGCGAUCCAUCCAGAGAUCCAACGUCAACUACAAGCUGAAAUCGACCAACACAUACCUUACGACUCAUCCAAGGAGCCAGAGAGCAAGCAAGAUCUCACGCCUCCACCCUACGAAGCAGUUGUCCAUUACGAUGACGUCAAAAAGCUCACUUACCUUGAUGCCUGUAUUAGGGAGGCACUCCGCAUACAGUCGCCCGUCGCUACCGGCUUGCCGCGCGUGGUCCCGCCCGGAACCUCGGUCACGAUCUCGGGCCAGACGUUCAAGGCAGGGAGCGUGAUCAGUGUUCCGUCGUAUACCACCAACCGAUCGAGUGUGUGGGGGGAUGAUCCAUCAGAGUUUAUACCCGAACGAUGGCUCAGUGACAAGUCUAGCUCGCUGAACAAGUACUUUGUGCCCUUUUCGUUGGGACCUAGGGCUUGCAUUGGCCGGAACAUCGCGCAUAUAAACCUCAUGCUCACCGCUGCUACGCUUAUCCGACGCUAUGAUGUAGAAAGGCUCCCUACUACCAAGCUGUCCAACCAUGAAGGGUUCAUUCGCACCGCGGUUCACUGCGAUGUGAUGAUCAAACGCCGCAAGAUAUGA